AUGUUUCUGGAGACAGCAGUAAAACAUGACCGCCAUAUUUCUGGAGACAGCAAUCAAACGCCAUCGCCAUGUUUCUGGAGACAGCAAUCAAACACCAUUGCCAUAUUUCUGGAGACAGCAAUCAAACACCAUCGCCAUAUUUCUGGAGACAGCAAACACCAUCGCCAUAUUUCUGGAGACAGCAAACACCAUCGCCAUGUUUCUGGAGACAGCAAUCAAACACCAUCGCCAUGUUUCUGGAGACAGCAAUCAAACACCAUCGCCAUGUUUCUGGUCAACAAUAAAAAUCAGUUCAUUUAG